CUCAGAACUGAAGUUAAACAACGCCAUACAACACACAAGCAAAGAUAAAUUGUUUAUUUAUUGAUAUGCAUACUGAGAAUAAUAGUAAUUACCGAUAUGAAGAAAAAGAGGAAAAAGCAGGCUACUUUACCAUCCUCUCCUCUUUCUUGGCUGGAUCACAAGGCAACGAUCCGGAGGCGGCCGAGCCUCGGCAGUGCUCCUGACGUCCUUAACAAUAAACACAGUAACUCCAGCAGCCUUAAGUUUGCAAACCAACUACUUAAAAGCGUAAGCAACCAAGGACAUGAAAUCAAGCUGAAAUCUUUCAUUCGUAACAUUACCGAGAAAACAGUUGUAUGUUGGGAUACUGUCGCUAUCGGCGAACGGUUGUACGUCCAUGUCCCCAUAAAUGUAAAUCGUGAUAGCUUUGUCGCUUUGCUGGAUUACGCUGAAGAGGAGCUUGAGGUCUCACAGGUUGUUGUGUGUAUUGAUGCCAACUCACAAGAUCUUCCAAAUAUGGUCAAAGCGUUCCGAUUCAUGGGUUUCGAACACAUCCACCCAGAUGAUCCAUCAAUGAAAGUUUUGAAACAAUCCAGCGACUUACAAGGCUUCCGAUAUCUCGGCUAUGAUCUUGACUAACUCAUGCUGUAUAUAAAUACCUAACAGGGGCGUGUUCAAGGGUUAAGCAGGUCUAGACAACUUUUCAGGAAAAAUAUGGCAUAAAAUAAAUGAGCUUUAUUGCACUGUCCAUCUCUUAUUUACGUGCCAUUUGAAAAUAUGUUUCCUAAUUAAACCUCCCUUAAAUUCCUGGAUACCCCCUUCUAACUUGCAUAUGUUGUGUGUGAUGCAGAAACUGUUUGGCCCUUGUGACUGUAUUUUGUACAUAGGUUUUUAAAAACACAAAAAAGAACUGUUUACUUAAGAGUUAAGACGAAAUGAUAACAAAAAAGUUACACAAACUGUUUGAUUAAUUCGAAUUAUUCUGAAAUUAUGGAUUCACCUAACUGACUUCAACACUUGAAAACAUCAGUAAAGUUUUUCUGUAUGUACUGCAUUUGUAUGUUUGGUUUGGUAUUUAGAGAUACUGUUGCAUAAACUUGCAUUAUCUCAGCGCGUGGUGUGGCUGCUUGUAUUCUGAUAGAUUUAAAAAUACAUAAUUAUUUAAAUAUAGAAGUAGUUGAUUUAUUACAAUAAUAUUUACUGUUAACACUUUUUACAUAAAGCAGUUUGUAUAGUGAUAGUAAUAGUAGCAGAUAGUUUCUUUAAAAAGUUUAAUAUAAGUUAAAUAUUUUCACUUUUUCAGAGUAUAACUGUGUGUGGUAAGUAAUCUGUAACAAUGCGUAAAUAAAUUUUCAUGAAAUUUUAAAUAUUAGAAUGUUUCUCCAUUACAAUCAAAUUAUUUUGUUUUCACUUAAGGUACAAAGUAACUCCAUUUUAAAAAGCAAAUGCUAUUUUGUGUAUUACUAACAAUCUUUAUUGUGGUUGUGGUGUAUAUGAAUGUUAAUCUGGUAAUAAUUGGAAUGAAUAAAAUGUGGACUUAUAAUAA